AUGGAGAUUCUGGCGGCAAUAGCCAGCAACUUCUGGAAAGUAGCUUGUCUUCUUCUGGCUCUUUAUGUCGUUCAGACAAAGAGAAGUAGUCGUAGAGCUAGAAGGCCCGUCGAGAAAGGAGAGUAUGGAAUGAACAUAAUAAUCAACAAGGACUAUCCAAUGUCGAAGGGAAAGAUCAUUUCCCAGAUCUGCCACGGGAUGUCCUUUGUGAUGUGCCACUUGCUCAAGAACGACGAGGAGCUGCUCAGCGAGUGGAGGAGGAACGGGGAGGCGAAGAUAGUGCUGAAGGCCUCUGGCUGCGAGAUUCAAGAGAUGAUAAAGCUGGCCAGAAAGAACGGGGUGUAUCACCAUAAGAUAUGUGAUGCUGGUAGAACACAGGUUCCACCGGGUACAAAUACAGUACUGAUGCUUGGCCCUGCCCUAAGGCCCAGGCUUGAAGUCAUCUCCGGCCAUCUAAAGCUAUAUUAA